CUAUUGCUAUUGCUAUUGGCGCAAAAUGCUCGGCAAUCUUAAAGACUUCAUCUCAGUGGUGCAAGACGGGCUCAGUACAAACACGAAUCUGAGGCAAACCCUUCAAGAAGUGCAAAAAGUUAAGAACAUUUUCAAAGAAAAACAUAAACCAUCAAGUGAAUGCUUAGUAAACUAUGGAGCUGGUGGUGAGUUGCUUGAGAAAUACCAGGAAAGCUGGUCAGAAUUGCAUCAGCACGCCGACGAGAACGCUAAAGCUGCGGAGGAAGUGGACAAAGUGAUUCUAGAGUUGCAUGAAACUGCGAAAAAGCGCUUGCAGAAUGCCAACGAGAUGGCUCAGAACCUGGCGAACCUGCCGAACCUCACCUCCGCCGUGGCGCAGUGCAUGAACAGCUUGAAGAAUGUUCAGGCGCUUAUCAAGAGUGUUGAAGACGACUUGGUAGAAUUUGAGGACAUAAUUGAAAGAAGUAACAUGGAGAAGUGGAAAUUAGACCACCACUAUCACCUCAGUUUAUACAAGACUAAGAAGUUGGCUGCUCUCGAAGAGACGCGUCACAAACUGGCCAAAGAGAACACGGACAAGAGCAGCGAGCGCGAGAGACGGCAGCUGGCGGAGCUGCAGUACCGGCAGGAGGCCAGCGGCAUGCAGUUCCAGGUCGACGUGCAGCAGUACCUGGCCACUGGCUCUUUGCCUCCUGGUCCGACAUUGCCACCAAAGUUAUCCUUAGAACAAGUGCAGCUGGAUGAUGACCCGUCAGACCUAGAGAAGUUCCUCGACAGCUGAAGACAACUGGAACAGUGUUUAUGUGAACACAGGACUCUGGCCUAUCAUUCCAGUACAAGUGGUAUAGUUCUAUAGUAUUAGUGCAAUAUGUCCAAGAUUUUAUUAGUAAGUAUAUAUUAGAUAUAUUAGAUAGGUGUAAAUUAUAUUUACAUUUUAUAUUCUUGAAAAAGUUAAUAUAUUGAUAAUUCAAAGGAAAC